AUGGCGUCCGCGGGCCAAAAGAAAGAGGGAGGGGCUUCGCAAGUGUUCCACUCCUUCCGGCCACGGCGGGUCUUUAGCAAGUUUAUCGUCGUCUACAAAAGGAGGGGGAGGUUGGGCUUAGUGCGCGUGUGCGGAGGCUCGCGAGCACUGAGAAGACUACGGGAGCCGGAAAGAGGAGGAUGGCUGUGGAGUGAGCGGAGGUGGCGCGCACUUUGGUCGGUUGGAGGGAGGGAGGGCGGAGUCCUACGUCGGCCUCUCUCUCUCUUUCAGUCCCCAGCUGCUGGGAGGAGGCGGAGGCGGCGCCGCCUUCUUCCUCGCCUUCUUCCUCCGGCGGGACUCUGCCCCUCCGGCUCCCCUCGACGUUGUGAUUGGGUAGAAGAUGGCGCCGCGCGGAUGGAAAUCCUAAUGACAGUCUCCAAAAUCGCCUCCAUCUGUACCAUGGGCGCUAAUGCCUCGGCCUUAGAGAAAGAAAUUGGUCCAGAACAGUUUCCAGACAAUGAACACUAUUUUGGUUUAGUAAAUUUUGGAAAUACAUGCUACUGCAAUUCAGUUCUUCAGGCACUUUAUUUUUGUCGUCCAUUUCGAGAGAAAGUCUUGGCAUACAAAAGUCAACCUAGAAAAAAAGAGAGCCUUCUCACCUGCUUAGCUGAUCUCUUUCACAGCAUAGCCACUCAGAAGAAGAAGGUUGGAGUGAUACCUCCUAAAAAGUUCAUAACAAGACUACGAAAAGAGAACGAGCUCUUUGACAACUAUAUGCAGCAAGAUGCACAUGAGUUUUUAAACUAUCUAUUGAAUACGGUAGCAGACAUUUUACAAGAAGAGAGAAAGCAGGAAAAGCAAAAUGGUCGUCUGCCAAAUGGCUGUAUUGACAGUGAAAACAAUAACAGUCUGCCAGACCCAACAUGGGUUCAUGAAAUCUUUCAGGGAACAUUAACAAAUGAAACAAGAUGUCUCACUUGUGAAACAAUAAGCAGCAAAGAUGAAGACUUCUUAGAUCUUUCUGUUGAUGUGGAGCAAAAUACUUCAAUUACACACUGUUUAAGGGGUUUCAGCAAUACAGAAACUCUGUGCAGUGAAUAUAAAUAUUACUGUGAAGAGUGUCGCAGUAAACAGGAAGCACACAAAAGAAUGAAAGUGAAAAAACUGCCCAUGAUUCUGGCUCUCCAUCUGAAGAGAUUUAAAUAUAUGGAUCAGCUACAUCGAUAUACAAAACUUUCUUACAGGGUAGUAUUUCCCUUAGAACUUCGUCUGUUUAAUACAUCAGGAGAUGCCACGAAUCCUGACAGAAUGUAUGAUCUUGUGGCUGUGGUAGUUCACUGUGGAAGUGGACCUAACAGAGGACACUAUAUUGCAAUUGUGAAGAGUCAUGAUUUUUGGUUGCUUUUUGAUGAUGACAUUGUAGAGAAAAUAGAUGCACAAGCUAUUGAAGAAUUCUACGGGUUGACAUCAGACAUCUCAAAGAAUUCAGAGUCUGGUUAUAUCCUUUUCUAUCAGUCUCGGGAUUGACUGGGUCUCCAGUGAAAAGUGACUUCCUGCCUCUCCUCUUUUCUGGAGGAAAGAAGAAAAUACUAACCUGUCUUUUUUAAAAAGAGGAAUGGAGAGACUCAGGAGUGGUAGCAUAGUUUGCACAGAACAAAGCCAUGGUUUCAGAGAGGCGUUCUUCAACAAUUCAUAUCAUGUCCGUUUAAUUUCUCAGGUGUCUUGCUGAGAAGGCUGAUCCACCAGAAAUGGCCAGUGGGAACAGAGAGGCCAGGCAUUCUUAUAAGAGGUUGCUGUCCAGCAGCUGAAACUAUAUAUAGAAAAUGUGAUUAAAAGUCCAUUUGAGCUAAUGGGCAUAUUUUUAUGUCCACAGCGUGCUUUGGAAUUUUGCUUGUACUUGAAGAAAGUGCCACAAAAGCAAAAUCAUGUUUCACAUGCUAAUUGUUUUGUUCCUUCUGUUUAUUAAAAGUGCAGGUGAUUUUUUUGCACUUAUUUUAUCUAUGUUCAGUUUCUGAGUGUUUUGCACACCGAAUUAAAAGAAAGUCAUCGUACCAGAAUAAAUCAAUAGAAUUUGGUGUUGGUACAAGAAUCAAGAAGGCAAAAAUGCUUUGCUUCUGAUGAGAAGCUUUCAAUAUAGUGAUAUGUAUCUCUGUGGAAAUAAUUUGGGGUUUUAAACUUCCUAUUGGGAAGAAUUUGGUUUAUAACUAUGAUUUUAUUUUUAUUUAAGCAUUAUUGCAAUUUAUAAAGGUUCUGUAUUUUGUAUUCUUCUCAAAUCCAACUGUUUUUGGAUUCCAGAUUUGUCUAUUAGCUGAUCAGACUAAGAAUAUUCUAGUUCAUUAGUCAUUUAAGAGAUUUAUCUCAUUUCUCAAUGACACUUUUAAUACCCAAAGUAACAGGAGAUGAACUGAGAUUUUGCUUUUUCCACGAGGAGUAUCUCUUGCUAUAUAUUUGACAUGGUUUAUUUAAGAAGUUUGAAAUUAAACUUUCUUCUGGCAUUUUAAAACAGACAACUUGUUUUAUUAAUGUAAAAUGCUAGAAUAUUGGUAAUGUGCCAGGGUUUUUGUUCUGUUCUGUUUUUUCCUUUCUCUUCUAAAUCUGUCAAAACAAUUUACUGCAAUGUAGUAAAGUGAUACAUGUGUAUCAUCCAGGAAGACCAGAGAGGCUAGUAUAUGUGUAAUACUGGACUUAAUUGUGGCAUUAACUGAAAAUAGCUUAUUGAGUUUUUGGUUUGUGGUUACAGUGGAUGUAUACAUCCUAGAUGAAUAUCGGAUUAAAUAUUCUGUAAAAUGUGACUAAAGACCUCUUACAGUCCUAUAAUGGCUCUAUCUAAGUAAUAAAAAAUGUCUGUAAGAUUUGAUUGGAGCCUUACAACAAUAUAGAACUAUGGACUUCUAAUUGAUGCUUUGUACAUUAUCAUUAUGUUGUCUGACAGUCACUGAAUGUAACUUCUUUCAAAAACAGAUUGAAUGCACAUUCCCAAUAAGAGCAAUUAUGCCUUGUUAUUUCUGUGGAUUUUUUAUUGCCAUUUUGUUUUGUUGACCAUGUUAAAAUAUACAUUUAUUUUCUGUCUGCUGCUAUAAUUAAUGCAUUUACUUUACCUGUUUUAUUUAGCUCAGGAAAAUGACUUCUUGUACCCAGACCGAUUUUCAACAAGGUUCCCAAGUUAACUAUUUUUUUUUCAGCAAACAUAAAAGGGGUCAUGUCAAAAAUUUUAAAUCAUUUUUAUAAAAACAAAGUUUUUGAAGCCUCGUUUUGGCCUUUUUUCCUUAUUAUUUGUAAUAUACUUGCUUGACUGAAAUACCAGCAUUGCAAAAUGACCAUUACAAGCCUUUCAGGAAAGAAAAUGGUGAGGUGUUCUAAAUGUGCAAAUUAUAUGGCCAUGGAGGGUGAGAUUCUGUACAUGCAUCCCUAAUAUCAAGCCUAAUUAAACUCCAUGAAACUUA